AGAAAGAGAAGCCCACGACCACCCCACCUCCUCAAACAGCAACGUGCGGUGAGGAGAACCCCGCUGACAUCUACUUCGCCUUCAGCCCCGCAGAGCUCGGUCUCGCCGCUACCUCCUGGACCUCCUCCUUUGUCUCUAUCACAGCCAAACAGGACGCUCUGGAAGACGGUUUCAGGUUUGGAGUGGUGUCCGGAUCUUGCCCAGACGACGAAGGUUUUGACCUGGACGACUAUUCCUCCGCGGAGGCCAUCGAAGAGAGGAUGACCGGCUACCUCAUGCCGCGCAUGUCCGCUCUCGUGCAGCGACUGACCAGCACAGGCUACACCGCGACCUCUGGUGGCCGAGCGGACGCCCGUGACGUGGCCGUUCUGGUGGCAAAUGGUGGGAAAAGGAACAAGGGCCUGGCAGCGGAAGUGGAGCGUCUUGUGGCCGCGGGAGUGGAGGUGUUCAUCGCUGACCCCAUCGGCUCAGGUGUGAACAUAGACGGCGCAAUCACACUCACAGGCCGCAGUGCCAAGGAAGCGUCUGCCAACCUCGUCAACUACCUCUGUCCACCCAGGACAUAAGAGGCCUAUUUAGGCUGCACCUCUAUCAAACCGAGAGCAUCCAUCUCCGAUCAUCUUCGACCACGUGCAAUCGACCCAGGAAGCCAAGAGCUUGGCUAUUGUGUACAAAUCGUUUUUCUACCCUUGCAGAAAAAUUUAUUUUGACAAAUGUUUCUAUACUUAGACAUUUCAAAUUAUAUUUAUUUUUGUGCUUCAAUAAACCUAUGAAAAAAGAAA